ACACAGCGGAGGAUUACUUGGAACUCGUGGGACUAGGUCUAGACAGCGAGGGCCCGAACACGCAGGUCUUCCCUGGACUGAUUCCAGACGAAUCUCCAGUAGUCGGAGCUGGUUUGUCCACGUCAUCAACUCUGUUGGAACUCCAACUGUGGAUAUCGCAAGAUGUUUCUAGAAACUGUAGCUUGCGGCGUUGUCUUGGCGAUUGUAGGCUUGUUAUUGCACCUACGCCGUCACUUUAGUCAGUUCACAAAGAUUGGCAUCCCAGGGCCACACCCUAACAUGUUUCUGGGGAACCUUCUGGAGCUUCGUGCCAAGGGUCAGUUCCAAGCCGUCAAAGACUGGACAGAAGAGUAUGGACGUGUGUUUGGUUACUUUGAAGGUUACACGCCCGUCAUGGUGGUCAGUGAUCCGGAAGUGUUACGUCACGUCCUGUUGAAGGACGCGGCCAACUUCAUGAAAAGAAAGCCCUUUCCCCUGGCACCGAGGAAAAGUCUGGGACUGUUUCUGGAAGACGGGCCACAGUGGAAGAGAAGUCGUUCUUUGCUCACUCCAGCUUUUAGCACUGGGAAACUCAAGAAGAUGACGCCAAUAAUGACCGAAUCAGCUGAUAUUUUGGUGGAGAGACUUACAGACAAGGCCAAGGAACAAAAGAGCAUGGAUAUAUACAGUGUGUUCCAGUCCCUGACCCUUGACGUCAUUGGCAGAUGCGCGUUCGGCCUCCAGACUAAAGCUCAAGUGGACGACAAUGAUUUGUUCCUGGUCAAGAUCCGCAAACUUUUCCACACGAUGUCCACUACACUAAUCGAACCUUUAGUCAUGGCGGUGCCCUUUGUGUCCUGCUUCAUCUUUGCCCUGAAGAACAUCGUCUUCCUGUUCGGCAUGAACCCCGUGGUGUGGCUGAGGGACACGAUGAGGGAGGUCAUCAGGGCCCGCCUGGCUCUCGGCCCAAACGCCAACGUCAUCGACCUUGUCCAGCUGAUGUUGUUUCCCGACAAACCCCACCACGACGCAUGCGCAGACGUCCACGUCGGCCUGACUGAGCGGGAAAUCGUUGCCCAAAGUAUGACAUUUCUGUUGGCUGGCUACGAGACGACCAGCGCCAUCCUGGCCUACUUCUGCCACGAGAUGGCGAAAAAUCCGGCCAUUCAAGCCAAACUUUACCAAGAGAUUGUUGAUAACAUAGAAAAGGAUGUAAACUAUGAAUCGAUCCAAGACCUGCACUACUUCGAUGCCGUCUUUGAUGAAGUCUGUAGACUGUACCCCACUGCCUCCUUCAUUGUAUCCCGGCAAGCCUGCGAGACGCGGCGUUACGGUCACGUGACGAUCCCCGCGGGGAUGAAUGUUCUGGCCAACGUGUGGGCCCUCCACAGGGACAAGAGCUACUGGACAGACCCUGACACCUUUAAUCCUGAGCGCUUUAUGGACGAGCCCCAGACGAAGAGAUCCAACUUCACGUUCCUACCGUUUGGUGCCGGCCCCAGGCAUUGUAUCGGCAUGAGGUUCGCCACCAUCGAGGCCAAGAUCACCAUCGUCAAGGUCAUGCAGAGCUUCUGUAUCGAGAGAGCAGACGACUCACAGGAUGAACUGGAACUGUUCUCAAGAGGCGCCAUCGUACCCAAGGACAAGGUCAAUGUCAAGAUGACCAGACGGGUGACCGCAAGCAGGAGAAGGAUGGUCAGGCACUCCUAGAGCAGCUGCCACCAGUGCCAUUAGCCAGCGCGUGGAACCUCGUUAUGAAGGGCUUGCUGCUCCAGCAUUCUGCCCGGAACAAACUGAAGAGUUCCACUUCACGCACUCCUUCUUGUUGCCAUUCGCUUUUUUAAUGUUUUUAAAUUCUAAAUUAUUAUCUUUCUUCCCCCGCCAACGUAAACACAGAUUGAAUUACAACUUGCCCUUAAUGUUUUGAAACAAUAAUGAUCUGGUAAUUAGACCCUUUUUUUCCUAAUAUGUGUACCAGGAUUUGUGUUCGGUCUUUGAUUGUUGAUAUAUUUUGCGUUACCUACUUUUGGGUAAACCGGUGCAGCCUUUGUUGAAAUUGUUUUUAAUUUUUUGGUGCAUUUUUAAAAAAAGAAAUUAGAUAAUUGUUGCAUUAAGAUUAACACAAUCAGCAUAUUUAAAAAAAAAACAACAACACGUGAUCAUUAAAAUAGCACAACAAAUGUUUCAACCAAGAUAAAAAAAAAAGAAAAAAAAACAAAGAAAAAAAAACAACAACAGACAUUGAACAAGAGAAAUUGAAACUAUGUUGUUCUCAAGUAUUUUAAGCUGACUGUUGUUGAAAAAAAUUUAUUUCAAAACUGGUAGGUUCUACGUAGUUCUUUCCUCUAGAGGCCAAAGAUAAUUUGCCGUGUUCUCUUAUUGCUAAAGUGCUUUUAAGUGUACUUUCUGGGUAACAUUCUAAAAUAUAUCCGAAGCCAAUUUCAUUUACACCUUACGGGUAGUCUUCAAAAUAAUUGUUUUCAAAAUCUGUUGUAUCCAGUUUUUUUUAACUCUGCCAAUAGAGUCUGUCUCACUCAGCGCAUAUGUACUUAAUAUAUUUCAUACACAUCUCCUAUCCAACGUUUACAUAAGCUUAACCACUUUAAUGAGGACGUGUUUAAUUAACCGAGCUAUGAUUCUUAGAGUGGUGGAGUUUACAAAUCCCUGACUCAGCAAACAACCCCCCCCACCCCACCAGUCUGGCACCGUCAGUCUAAGCCUGCAGGCAGAAACAGCCGGAAGUCGCAAUGUUCCUAGCCUGAUUCGAACCCAGGACCGAUGGAAAUCUAAUCUAAAAAUAACAUCCGCAAUAAAAACAUUUCGAACAGAUGCGUACAAUUAAAAUUAUGUUUUGGAGGAAUUUUAUCGUUUAAAUUUUUCUUGCAAAAACUUUUUACUAGAUAGGCUAAUAAUGCUGUAUAACAACAUUGUAAUUCUCACUUCAUGGCAUUUUAUAAAAUUACUAUGUGACAUCCUACAUGACAGCAGUCUAUGAUACAACAUAUGACACUUGUCUAUGACACAACUAUGACAUCUGCCUACUUUACAAUAUAUCUGUCUAUGAUUCAACUAAUUACACCUUAUAUAAAACCUUUAUUUGACGUCACAGCAUGCCCAAUUCAUUAAAAUCCCCUAUACUCAAACAAUAUGUGUUCUAUGGAGAAUUUAAAUACGAAAUGGUAAUUAAAAUUUAUUACUAUUUACAAUAAAUGCCUUAUUAAUUCACCAUAAAUCUUGCAAAUACUGUAUACUUAAACGUAUUUUGUUUUUUAUUUGAUUUUUAUUUUGCUGUUUUUAUUAUUUUUAGGUGGAAGAGGCAAACGUAAUUAAAUGUUUAUAAGUGUUGUGUAAUGUAUCACUAAAAAUCAUUGCCUUGA